AUGUCUUUGAUGGGCAUAUAUUUCACCAGAGGGGUGACUGAAUUGUUUCAGAUGGAUAUUGCUGCCUACAGACUAACCGCCAUUGCAGCUCAUCAAUGCCAACGACGUGCUGCGAGCGACAAUGCCCAAACCCCGGCGAUGAAUCUGGACGCAACCUCCUGCACACCGCCCCCCUCACCGCGACCAAAUAGAGUCUCCGACCGAAUUUCAUCAAAGAACAACGGGCAGCGUACCGAAUACCGGGGCUCGAGCAGUCCGUCGAAACGACCAAAAAGAAGAAAAGUUAGUAAGGACGUGCCACUUGGCAAAUCAGACAAGAUUUCGAAUGUCACAGUGAUGGAUCAAUCGUCGGACUCAGAAGAGGACAGCGAUCAAAGCCGACCGGGCUUUCCGACUCCAAGCUUGUCUUCUUUUGUGCCAACAGUAGUAGAUGGCAAUACCGCAAUGAUAAUUAUGACGGGUAUCAUGUGGAAUUGCGUCAAACGGAACAGUCUAAUGAAUAAGUACGGCCGGCACACUAAAUCGAGUUACCUAACAACAAAGAACGAGGAUAUCAUCCGGUAUGUUGACGAAACUGCUAGCCAGGAUUAUCACGAGGCGGUCCGGAUAGUGAAGAGGGACAAUGCAUUCCAUAUGGGUCGGACUCUCCAACAUCGAUACAAGGAGACAGUUUACUGGGACAUCAUUCGGAAAGGAGCGAGACUGAUCGAUCCGGCAACGCUACCCACCUCCAAAGGGCCCCUUGAUGGUUUUACCCCGGCGGAGAAAGUGGCUACUCAACAGUUCAUGGACGAAGUCGGCUUUGGAGUUAGCCCUGAGAACCAGCGGCUUUGCCGUACUCUGUGGAAAAGUCUGUAUGAGCUACGACAAGCGGGCAUCUGUAAGACUCUGUAUUACCGCACUAAAGAAUUUGACAAUUAUUGCCAGAAAGCUUCCAAAAGAGAGACCGAAAUCUCAUUGGUGGAGACCAUCAAAUCGUGGGACAAUCUCUUUGGCCCGCAUCUCGAUCAAAUUGAGGCCCGUGUAGCGAGAUUUGCUGAGUCGAGUUCUGUCCAUCCACCAAAAACAGAAGGCUUGGAUUUUUCGGAAGAUAUCUGGAAUCAAGUGCCUAAUAAAUGGUGGUCUGCUGAGGAAGCUGCCUCCUACCAAGUCACUGAUGAGCACAAAACAAUCUUUCUCGACAUAACAGGAAUCCUCUUGGAUCCUUUAACCGGGGGCGAGGUGAACAAGGCCAUCUUUAUGUCGCUCACUAGGGCUAGCGAUGGCCUUCCUUCGGUGCGUCCGAUGAUUCCAAUUGAUAAAGGGGAUAUUCUGGGGAUUUUUGCUGGAAUGAUUCGGUUCACGGCAAAGUACGAUCCUAUCUACGGCAUUCCUGGUCCAAUCGAAACCCUCUGGCUAGAUUAUUCUCAGGUCACCGGGACGUUGAACCACAUGAAAGUGUCGCAGCCCGGCGGCGAUUCAAAUGUACAACUUUGUUGGAAUUUGAUCCGCCUAUCAGGCGAAUCCAGGCCUUCUCUCUCCUGGAUAGUUUCGGUACAGGCCACAAAACGUAUCAUGCCUUUCGAAGAGCUUGUCCGGGAAGCUCCUCGAAAAGAACAAUAUCUUUUACACCGGUCGCCAGUCCAUGCGAAGCGUGGUUUUACCAAGGUCUAA